AUGUGUAGUAGUAGUAUCUUUGUGUCAUCAUCAUCAUCAGCAACAAGUAUGGACAAUUACCAAGGUGAUUUAACUGACAUAAUCAGAGCUACUUCUACUGCUACUGCUGCUGCUGGAGCAUAUAGUACAAUAACUUCAUCAUCAUCUUCUGAACCUCUUUUACAACAUCAUCAUCAUGAUAAUCAGUGGCAUCAUAUGAAUUUCUCUAAUUCCAUUCUUGAAGAGAACAGAUCAGAAACCACCAACAACAUGAACAUGAACAUGAACAUGAAUAUGAACAUCUUUGGUGAUCCAUUAUUCUCAACUUUAAGAGAUCCAUUUUUACAAGAGCUUGAUCAUAUACCUUCUUCUUCCUAUUUCAACAUCCCAACUAGUAUAAUUGAUGUUGCAGCUUCUGGUGUUGGUGUUAGUGUUACUACUUCAUCAUCUUCUUCUGUUUCUGCUUCUGCUUCUGUUUUUGCACUUGAUCAAUCAACAUGA